AUGGCUCCCCAGCCUGCCGCACCUUCCUACCGUAUGUACCUCGUCGUCGCCGUCCCUACGUAUAUUCUUUUCACUACUUCGCGACGGCUUUGGUUUAAUCGGCUCAAGACGCACAUUCAAUAUAUCCGUUCCAACGCGCCCAAGAGAAAGCUCAGGAUAUUUACUCUGGCGGUCACUGUGUUGAAGAACUCGAGCAUCUCCCCCGAAUUCUCUCGAGGCUAUGAGGCCAACAUCGCGGUUUCUUCCCAGCCGAGCGCACCCGAGAACGAGACGGCCGCAUACGAUAUAACACAAGCAAAAAUGUAUCAUCAGGAGCCGCCCGACGUACAGUCGAGGCUCGACAUGAACCCGACGCUCAUAGUGGCAUGGUGGUGUACAUUAUUUUCCGUCACGAUCAUUCUGAUCAGGCUAUUCGGGCGAUGGAUACGUACAGAAAGACUGUUUCGAGAAGACUGGAUUAUGUUGGGCAGCAUGAUACCGCUCAUGAUCCGCAUGGGCUUUGUCCACGUUAUCUUGAUCUGGGGAACGAACAACACAAAAACUCAAGGGCUCACCGACAUGCAAAUACACCACCGCGAGGUUGGUAGUAGGUUGGUCCUUGUGGCGCGCAUAUCCUACGCAGCCUUUAUCUGGAUUGCCAAAUGGACGGUUCUGGAAUUCAUCAAACGCCUAAUUGGAAAAUCUUGGGCCAAAACGUACGAGAUUGGGCUCCAGAUCAUUUACGCCUUCCUAGUCGUCACUUACAUUGGCGUUGUUAUCAGCACACUCAGUGAAUGCCACCCCUUCAACCACUACUGGCAGGUCGUCCCAGAUCCGGGCCCGAAGUGUCGCGAGGGUCUGGUCCAACUAAUCGUCAUGGGAGUCUGCGACAUGGUCACCGAUGUCGUGCUGAUUGCCUUUCCUAUCCCUUUGGUCUGGCAAUCCUCGAUGCGCUUGACCAAGAAAAUAUCCUUGAUCCUCCUCUUCCUCUUAUCCACCAUCCUCAUUGCCAUUACGGCGUACAGAAUCCCCUCGACCAUCUCCCGCCGUUCCUCUCAGCAGUAUCGAUCACUCCUUGCGUCGCUCGAAAUCCUCGCCGCAGCCGGUGUCUCCAAUGCCAUCGCCAUUGGCAGCUUCAUCCGCGACAAGGGCGUCAAAAAGGCAAAGUUUCGCAUUCCAUCGUUCGACGAGACGAGCUCCCUCGGCCGAAGCGUCACUCGCAGCGUCACGCGUACCCGCACACGCUCCAUGACUCACCAUCAUUGGGGGUCGGACGAAGAUCUAGCACGCGGUGUUGGUGUGUCCUUACCCGCUCCUCUCAGACACGGAAGUAACAGGGAACCUCGUCUCGCCGAACCAGCGGCGCCUACCACGACCAACGACUCCCAAGACCUGGAAUCGGGAUUGCAUCAUCGGCAUAGCCCGACGUUUAAUUCAGAUUGGAACUUUACCCAGGCGUCUCGCGGCAGACGGCGGAGCUCGACGAACAGUAUGAGCAGUACCUCUACUGACAUCAAACUGCGUGAUCUCCGAGCUCAACUACAAGAACCCGUCAGUCCAUAUGCCGAACAACCGGAUACGCCGAGUAAGAUGGGUUUUUUCGACGUCGGUGGCCUAGUGGCGAACCCAGAGUCGCCGAGCUCCCUAUCCCGACAGACGUCAAUCCACGAAGCCCGCCGCUUCUCUCUCCCUAGUACCAGUUCGCGAUCUGGUUCCAAGGCGUUCUUGUCGGAUAUCGGUGGGCUCUUGUCUCGUCAUUCCCACAUUCGCGAGGAGGACGAAGCGCCUGCUAGGAUGCCCUCACCUGCACGCAGUAAAGGUAGAAGUCCAGCUCGCUCACCGAUGCGUUUCGCCAUGGACAGGAAGAUAUCAAGGGCCAGCCGUCUACCGUCACAGAUAGAAGAGGAUGAAGAACCCAUUCGACCGGUACCCAACGGCCCCGAUGACUUGACGUUCGUGGAUGUCGGUGGGCUCCUACGGUGA